UGUUCCACACAGGAGAAGAAUUACUAGACAAAAUACCAAUGAUAGCAACAUAGCCGGUAAUACCGCAUUGCUCUCUCACUGCCACCUGCUGUUUAAUAAGUGUUACUGCAGCAAGCACUGACCAGCUGAACUACACACUCUCUGCUGUCUAAAGUUUAAUAGUAAUUUAUAAUCACUUCUCAGUUUCUAUUGGUUUUUUUUUGGUUUUUUUUUUAACUCUUUUUAUUUUUCGUGUAAUUUUACGUGUGUGUGUGUGUACUGGAACUUUUGCUGCUUGAAAAAACCGGAAGUGACUCCAAGUAACGUGUUGUGUCACUUCUCGGUUUGUUUUACACCAGUUUCCGUUCUAAGGGCGUCGCAAACACACACACAGAGUCGCUACUCGUGAAGUGUUGGAAAUGGGCGCGCGCGUGGGUCGCCUCUUCAGGAACUUCAAUCUGGAGGCUCGCGCGCAUCGUGAAAUCGGCAAAAGCAAGCCGGAAGCGGCGCCUCGGCAUCCGGUACCGUUUAACCACAGUAGCAGCGUCCCGCCCGUGAGUGAGAUCCACAGGAAGGAUGAUCCUCUACUGAAUCGACUCAGACAGGUUUAUGUGGAUUCUAAAGACCCACAAACACCGAUGUUGGCGGGUGUGAGGAAGCUGCAGCAGGUGGACUGUCGCCCCCUCAGUGCAUCAUUGGUGCCCCCUGGAGUGUGUGACAUCACAAACGUGCCCAAAGGGAAGCUGACCAUCGUGGAGGUGCUAACAGCACUAAACAAGCACAAGCUAACGCCUCAGGAGUGGACGGUUGAGAGGAUAGCACAGGAGCUAAUGCUAGCACACAGCGAUGCCCGUGCAUUAACAUGCUACUUCAUCCCCUUUAACAUUAAAGUCGUUAAAGUUCCCCGAGCUGAGGAUGCACAUACACGCAUCACUGAGUCCUAACACACACCUUUCCUUUCUCCCUUAUGGGCUUAUAUAUUGUAUAUUUAUGUUGUAAAUUGCUCAUAUAUUCAUUUAAAUAAAUGUUGAAUGAUUAAAAUGAAA